GGGGUGGUUUUCCACCCACCGGAAACGGAUCCCUGCAGUGCCAGCAGAAAAUGAAAAGAAGGCAGCCCUGAAAUCUCUUUUAAUGAGUUUAUUUCUCAUAUAUCAUCCUGCACUUAUGUAUGUUGAAUGCGACAGUCGUGCGGAAACCGUGUGGAGACACCCGGUGGUAUGACUGGACUCCUGUGUACGCGGUUUGAUGAAGUAGUGCGCCGACUGUUUUGGAAACAUCGCACCGGCCGAGAGUAACGUUAGACUGUGUGGGAGAGGGCAGAGCGGUCCUGCCCCCUUCAAUGACCAACCUUCAGUGCUUGCUAGCAAUACAAAGCCUCGCUGGCGAGACCGCAACCAUGGAAGGCCACCAUGGGUAUCUUUAAGUAGUAUUGCUGCAGAGCUCUUGGCCCGUAGUAUAACAGUUUCAAUAUGCCCGACCGGUGGUGCUCCAUGAGGCUCUCAGUUGCCUGAUAUCAACGUUAUAGGCCUGCUUUUUCCAUCUGGAAAUUUCUUGGCAGGGGAAAGCAGGCCAGCUAGCACUGCUAGCGUUAGCCUUUUCCGCGCUGCAUCUCUGGGCUUUGACGGUGCAGGUUUUUCCAUGACCACACCAUCGACAUUGUUGUCUAUCAAUUCUUGGACUUUUUAACUCCAAAAGUAUUUUAUGGGAUUCAUAUCGGCGAAAGAGAAGCGGGCCUAAGCCAAAAUGGUGAACUGGAGGCGGCUGCUGCGAAUGUCCAACCGAUCGUUUCUGGCCUUCAUAUUCUUCUUCUCCAUGUCCACCACUUGUCUCUACUUCAUUUAUGUGGCUCCUGGAAUAGCCAACACGUACUUCUUCAUGGUGCAGGCUCAGGGCAUCAUGUUGAGGGACAAUGUUAGGACCAUCGGUCAGAUGAUCCGAUUGUACACCAACAAGAACAGUACACUCAACGGGACGGACUAUCCUGAUGGCAGUAACUCCAGUGAAUACCUGGUCCAGCCAACCACGUACCUCCCUGAGAACUUCACCUACACCCAGAACCUCCCCUGCCCAGAGCGAUUACCUUCUAUGAAGGGCCUUAUGGAAGUGAACAUGACAGAGAUCCCUAUGGAGACGAUAGAACUGAAGUUCUCCAAGUUUUUUGACAUUGAGUUUGGAGGCCAUUGGAAACCAAAGGACUGCAGACCUCGCUGGAAGGUGGCCAUCCUGAUUCCAUUUAGAAACCGCCAUGAACAUCUCCCCAUCCUCUUCCAACACCUCAUCCCCAUGCUACAGAGACAGCGACUGCAGUUUGCCCUCUACGUCAUCGAACAGAGUGGUAGCCAGCCCUUCAACAGAGCCAUGCUGUUUAAUGUGGGAUUCCUGGAGGCCAUCAAGGACUUGGACUGGGACUGCUUGAUCUUCCAUGAUGUUGACCACAUCCCCGAGAACGACCGAAACUACUACGGCUGUGGUCAGAUGCCACGCCACUUUGCUGCCAAGCUGGACAAAUACAUGUACAUUCUUCCAUACAGUGAGUUCUUUGGUGGUGUGAGUGGACUCACUGUAGAGCAGUUCCACAAGAUUAAUGGCUUUCCCAAUGCAUUCUGGGGCUGGGGAGGAGAGGAUGAUGACUUGUGGAACAGGGUUCAUUUUGCUGGUCUGAAUGUCACGCGACCAGAGGGAGAGAUCGGCAAGUACAAGUCAAUUCCUCACCACCACAGAGGAGAGGUGCAGUUCCUCGGGAGGUAUAAACUGCUGAGGUAUUCCAAAGAGCGGCAACACCUGGACGGCCUCAACAACCUCCAUUACAGCCCCCACAUCUCCCUCAGCAGCCUCUACAAGAACAUCACGGUGGACCUGUUCCCCGAGCUCGCUCCUAUCACAGACUACUGACUGCCCCCCACCAACCCCAACCCCUCCUCACACCCCCAGCUCACCCAGCUCCCCUCCGGCCUGGCCUCCUGCUGCCCCGUUCAGCCAUGCAGAGGCAGAGCGCUGGUGCAGCGGAGGAGAGGCAGGGGGCACGGGCCGGGAGGGGUGAAGAGGCGCACCAUGUAAUGCUGCCAAGAAAUCUUAGUGAGGAAAAAAAGAAAAUCCAAACUGGAAAAAAGAGGAAAAAAUGAAGAGGCAGUGGCAAGUCUCUCAAAGUAAACUGUUGAUUUUGUGCGUGUGUGUGUGAGUGCGUGCGUGUGAUGGUUGAGUUGCUGCAUGUCUUUUGGUCCAUGCCGGCUUAACUACUACAAGUUGACAUGACUCUUGGUUUAGGUUGGAGGGAGCAGCAGCAUCUCAGCUCUGAUGUUUACUGCAAAGCCUUAAUGUGGCAGAACCACAGCUCCCUCUGCUCGGCUCCGCACUGCUUCACUUCUGAUGUAUCACCGUCACCUUACAAGCCAACAGACAAGUUCUGGUCUCACUUUCUACUAUCAUUUGUUUUAUCGUUUGGUUAGGCCACAGCAUUCCUUUAAAAGGAGGGAUCUGAGCGAGGUCAACAUUAAUGUUUGUGAUGUACGUUAUUUUUAUUUUGAUACGUGGUAUUUAUUUUCUCUGAUUCAGGAUGUUUGAAGAAGCACUCCUGUCUGUGUCACUCAAGUGUUUGCUGUUUGUUUUGCUGCACUGCUGCUGAAUCCGCAUGAACUUGUAUGUAAAUAUCGGCCUCUUAAAGCUCGAACACAGAACACAAAUAUGUAAAUAUGAGCCUUUAAAUGCUCGGGCAUAUUACAGUGAUAUUCCAGUGGGUUUGAAUUUUAUUUUGGCAGCUACCUUUGUUCUGAGGAUUUAAUAAGAGUGAGUGGUUUCUUCCUAACAGGAAGAUCUUCUAACAAUAGAGGAUGUUUGGCUUAAAAAAACAAAACAGAAGUAUCCAAAUCUCAAGAUUUGACAUUAUCUUUUGCAUGCCUUAAUUUAUUUUGUUUACCAGAUUUUGUUCUGUUCAAACAUAAAUUAUUUAAUCAGUUGGAGAUGUGUAUAUUUUUUUAUUUUGCCUUUUGUUGUGCUUUUUUUUCUUUGAGGUGCACUGUGUGAAAAGAGUAGAGCUGCUCCUCAGAAAGAGGGAGGCGUGGCCGAGUCUCUCCUCCAUGACUUUGUACAGGGAGCAGGGUCGGCCAUUACAGCAGGAGUGUAUCCACACAAUGUGCUUUAGUGCAGGUUCAUGGUCUCAUGUGAGUGUAUAUUUUUUAGUCCCAGAUGUGUUUCUAUUUUUAAAUUUUUUAUGAUUUCUAUUCUAAUGAGUGCUGGACCAUGUGAUAAAGCUCUUCAUUGUACUGUACCAUGCGAUGAAGCACAGGGAUUUAGGCGGGAUGCUGUGUGUCUGGACUGUGGUGUUAUUAUUUUCUAAUCUUGUGAGGCAGUCGAAGGGCCAGAAUGAGAGAACCUUAGUCAGCUCCUCACAGCUGAAGCUACUGUUGUUCUUGAAUGGCACACGCUGUGAAAAGUUUAAUUUCUUAAAGCCUUGAGCACUAUAAAGAUGGAGAGAAACGUGUUGGCAGAUUAUUUUUGACCAGAUGUUCACUGUUAAGAUUCUCUUCUGUAUCUCUAGGUUUGAAAUUUGACCAUGAAUUGUGUUUCUGGACAUUUUCUUUGAGUGUAUGUCCUGAGGUGAUAAAUCAGAACUCUGGCCAUUUUUGACCUGGACCUUAUUUCCUGAGAGACACGUCCAACGACGGCCCAUUUAGAGCUUUGGUGACCAAAGACAUGUAAGAACUUAGAACCAAAUGGCCUCUAUGUGACUGCUGCUGAGACCCACAUCUACAAACCAUCCAAUCAGAAUUAGACAUGAAACACACUGUCCAACCCGACAGAUAUGUACAUACAGAUACCACAUUAGCUGUGUACUGUAUAUACUGUAUCUAUGGUGUCAUUUGUUAAUGUAGUGAAAAUGUUGAGAAACCAACUCACCACCAAGUCCGGAACUUUUGAUCAUAUGACAUGAUCUUCUUCAGCAGAUGGAGUUUACCCUGUUGUCAUAGAAUUGUUGAUGGAUAGCAAAUAGACAUCUGGGCAAAAUCUGUCUGCUGAUGAAGAGCAUGGUAAGGACUGAACUUUAAACCAAAAAGAAAAAAUGAAGGUACAUUUUUGAAACAUGAGUGGCAGCAGAUGGAUGUUGCGCAGUGAUCAUGUGUUGUUGCUUGCAUAUUUCCAUUUUUCAUUUUAGAGUCGAUUAGUCCAUUAUCCAAUAAUUCAGAGUCCACCUUCUCAAAUGUGAAUGUAUUUUUUAGGACAAUAAAGUGAAUAUCUUUUGAUUUUGGACUGUUGGUUAGACAAAACAAUUUGAAGACAUCACGUUGGACUCUGGGAAAUUGUACUUUUAUAGGCCAAAUAAUGAAUUGAUUCAUUUAGAAAAUAAUCAGCAGAUUAGUUGAGAAUUUAAAAAAUCUUUAGUUGCAGCCCUAAUGUUUUUUUCUAUUUACAUCGUAGUGAUGUGAUUGCCCAAGCAUUCUGACGUGCCUCAACAUUGAUAUGAUACAGUCACACUAAUGGUGACCUAAACAGUAUUUAAUCUCAUGUGUCAUACAAUGAACCUGUAAGAUGGCAGUCAUGCUUUUCUUGGUGGGUCUCUCCUGUCAGUUCAAGUAUUCCAGUCCAUCCAUGGCCUCAGAACCACACGAGUUUUGCACCACUUUUCACAGAGGUGCUUCAAUGGUAUUUUUGGUUUGUGUUGUGUUGAAAUGGCAUUCUUUGUGUGCUGUUAAUAUUUGGAGUGGCACACAGGUACACAUUUAUUAAAUAACUUGAUGAGAUUUUGUUGACAAUAGUUGGAUAGGUGAGAUGGAGGAAAAUAAGUUUCAGCUAUGAAAUGGCCAGAGUGAUUUGUAAUUUGUUUUUUUAUUGUUUUUAAAGCAUUACAUGUCAAUUAGUACACCCAAGGUUCCUCCACACAAACACUGCAAGGACUUCUGGGAAAAGCCGUCUUUAAGCCACAAUGGAUAUAUCCUGACCCCCACCCCCACCCCCCCCAAAAGCCCUUGCAGCAGCGAUGGUCGAAGCAGCCUGUAUAUGUUUACAGAGUUGGUUGUUUUUUUCCUCAAAAGCAGAUGUGGCUGAACCUCAUGCUACAAUACAGUCUGGCUUGUGUUCAGUCACAAAGCUUUAACACUUGAAAGCGUGUGGAUCAGAUCAGAGUCACUCUCAUGUUGUACUGAAAUCCGCCUCUUAGCUGUGGUCUUUCUUGAGCAGUGAUGGUUUAGCAGAUGGGUCUUUUGUGCUAUGCCUUUCUUAGCUUAGUACCACAUUUUUGCAUAUAGGUUACUGCCUGUGAUCUGACUGUGUAGCAGUAAGAUUGAGUAUUGUUGAGAAGUGGUUCACAUAGCCUGGCUGCUCAAUUCAUCACAACAUUAUAGCCCCCCACCAUCACCACUACACAUACACUCUCUCUUGAUCUUCCCCUCCUGUUCUGUUGCUACAGUAUUUAAUACAGCAGUAAUGCCUUAAUUAUUAAUUACUGUUUGUAGUGAUAUUUAUAUCAAAUAUCUGAGAAGCAGUAUUCAGAUUUUGUUGUAAACACUGAAAAUAUGAACUUGCAGACUGAAUCGUCUGGUACAGUGGUUCAAACCUUCUUCUAAGACAGUGUCAUUUUUAUUAUUGUUGCUAUUAAAACGAGUCAGUUUGAACAUGAUUUAAUUGAAAUGACAUGAAGAACAUGAACUGCAUGUUACCGUUCACCUUUACAUGUGUUACUAUUGUGCAAAUGAAGAAUGUUACAAAGAAGUUAAACUUUGUCCAAACUGCGAAAGUUUGUGGACUCAAAAAGACUCCUGCUACGUUGACAGUGAACUUGACUCCAAGACAGGCUUCAUCAUAUUUUCUUGACUUCAGUUUUGGUAGAAGCGCUUGUUUGAUUAGCAUCACCUGUCAAAAAUCUACCUCCCCUCCCCCACCCCACAGUUUGAGUCUCAGUACAUGGGUAACCUGGCCUCCAAAUUUCUUCACCUCUGUCACGCACAUGUUUGUAGUUUAAAACAAAAUAAACCUUAAUAAUGCUCUUAGAAAAAAAUGGGUUAGGGGUUUUUCUCUCUGCAAAAACCUUUUGAAUUGAAGAAUAUUGGCACCAAGGUCCAAAAACACUGAAAGCUACACUUCCCAUAAUGCAACUCAAAGCAUCUUUCGUUAGACCCUCUGUGCCUGGUAAAUGCACAGUUUGCAAUGCAGACUUUCUGUUAUAAAUGUGUAGUCUCCAAGCCUGAUGACAUCACUGUGACAUCAUCAGAGUUAUUUUCUCCUCCAGAGUCACAGAAGACAUAACACAAUGGUUUCCACAGACAGAGUAGUACACUGAUCAUAAACUGGUGGACUUUUCCUGUAACAACUGAAGCAGUAAUGGAUGAGGCAGGUCAGUCAAGGGUUAGCCAAAAAUGUCUCCAUCACAGUACUAUCACAAACUGACUAUAUCUAACGGAGCUUUCUUUUACACAUUGUUGUGCUUUAAUUUUCUCCUCUUUGUUUAAUUCAGAGAGCAGCAUCAAAAUGAAUAAAUGUAAGAAGGAUGAGUGUUUCCAAGCAUGGAGAGGUGUUAGGAGAUGGUGUGACAGGGCAGUCAGCAUGUAGCGCUUCACAUCAGGCCAUAUUCCGUUAUUCUCAUGGAUCUGCUUAGUAUCUAGUUUGCAUGGCCAAGGCCAAAACUGUGGUUCAGAGUGCUAAACCGGGAAAUAAUCUGUCUUGGAUCAGUGUUCUAAAUUGUUCGUAUUCGUCCUUGGCUAAGUGUUGGGUGUUGGGUCAUUGGUUCCCAGUAUCAGCUAAGGUUGACUUCACCCAGCCCUUUUUAUCUAGAAGUAUCGAAGACCGUUCAGAUGAUGUGUUCACCAUUAGACAACUGUAUUCCAUUUUGCAGUAUUUAUUUGUGCCUUGAGUUCUUUUUCUCCCUUCCUUUCUUUUUCACUUUACAUUCUAACUGAAGAGAUUAAGAUUAGUUUUGUUUUCCUGAAUUGUUGAUGUUUUGUCCUCUAUUAAUCAUAUUAAGUCAGACUGUGUGAAAUAUGUUCAUGAUAAGAAUCCAAAAAAAAUCUGAUGAAACAUUUUGCUCAGUCUGUCCGCUCCAGUGUUUAUGGCUGCCUUGACAUCGUGUGUAAUAAUCCACUGUGACUGGAUGUGGGUCAUGUUCAACAUAAAGCUUUGUCCACAUGCACUAAGACUGCGCUACGAGGGCACUCUCCACAUUUUAUGCAUGUCACUUGACGUUUCAUAAGAAAUUCAUACAAGCCAAACUUCACUGCCCUCCAAAAGAAUGAACACAAGCACAUAUCCUGUCAUAUCAACAAGUUCAAGCACAAAUUGCUGAAGAUGUGAGGCUAAUCCACCAAGAACUGCACCCUAAAACCUCUUUUGUAGCCUUUAAUCUGCAUGGCCUAGCCUACAAAUACAUAUGUGGACAAAAUAAUGUAAUUUACAUCCAGUUUCCAUGUGCAUGAUGACCUGAGCUGGUACACAGGGGCUUUGCUUUUGUGAACAGCGCUGCAGGCAGCUUUCCACUGAUGGGCAGUUACUGAACAGCAUUAUGUUAAUAUUCAUCUCUGUGCUGAAUAAUCUGGGCUCCAAUGUUUUUGUUAUUCUGCUUCAGACUGGUUAUGUGGAUGUUUGUAGCAACACUGGUCUUUAUAUUUCCAUGCUCACCAGGCACUUUUGACAUUGUAUGAAAAUGUCUUUUUCGUUGACUCUCAAAAAUGUUGAUAAUUAGAACCUGACUGUUAUAUUGAUAUAUACCAGCCAGUUAACAGAUAUAUCAGUAUCUGCGUAUAUGCUGGUAGAUCGAGAACAAUUUGCAUCCAGAAAUGCUAAACAUAUGUUUGAAGUCAUUUAGAAACAGUGUUGCUAUUACAUAAUUGUCCGCCAGAGAGCCUGACAAGUUAAUUUAUUGACUGCAAAAUGUCCUGCUCAAUGCAUGUCUGGGUCACAAUUCUUUAAGAACCACAUUUGUGUCCUCUCACAAGGUACACACUGGAAACUUUCCAGAGCUUUCAGCCACAUCUUCUGGCCUCCAUGCUUGCUCAUAGCAUAAUGAUAAGAGUAGAGCUGAUAAAUCAGCUGAUAUUAGUAUAUUGCAGAUAUGUUGUUAUCGCUGUAUAUGGCAGCCAACAAGUAACUUGUCUUACAGAAAUGCCAGAUAUGUUUGAAGGAAUUGGCUAAACAUUGCGCCCUAAAGUCUGUUAGUAGCUGUUCUAGACUUUCCAUUUUUAUCAAAUGAUGUUUCGCAGUGAUCUUUCUAUCUCAACUUUUAAGCCAACACGAGUGACAAGUCCUUAUUUUGAACGUGCAGAAUUCAUGACAACCGGGCAAAUUUCAUCUGAAAUUCAUGUGAUACAAUACAAAAGCUCCAGAACAGCUACCAAUGGACCUUUUGGUUACAGUCCAAGAAUGAACUGUCAAUCCCAAAAUGUUUGAAUUUCGUUAGAAACAGUGUUGCCUUUACAUCGUUUGUCCACCAGAGAGCACUGACAAAUUGUGUUUUUACCGUAAAAUGUCCCGCUCGCUACAUAUUUUAGUCACAAAAAGAACAAAUCUAACCUUAUCCAAAAUGUUUAUUGGUUGAUACAUUAUCAAGUUUUUGUAACCAUCCAACAUCGAUAUUGGUAUCAGCCUCAAAUUCUAGUAUCAGGCUCUAGAUAAGAACUGACCCACCGCCAUUAAAACUGAACAAAAACCAUUCGCUGAUGAAGUCCAUGAGAAAUUUAAUUUAUAUUUACCUUAUGCUAAGAAUUUUUUUUCUUAAAACUGCUGUUUCCAAGGUCUAUAUUAAACACAAUAUGGUUGAAAAAAAUGUGCUCAUAUAUUGUUAUCAGAGUUUUUAUGGAUAUCAGUAUCAGCCUCUAAGAUCCGGUAUCCAUCAGGCCACACUGGUUGGUAGUUGUUGGUGGCUGAACAAAAGCGGAGACAUUUUCUAAACAAUGCCCUUCAUAAAAAACUAAACCAAGGACUGAAAAAAAGAAAUCAGUCUGGGUGAUUGACAACAUCACUUCCAUCACAGUGUGAUGUGGGACGUGUAACAUAUUUUCUUUGUAGCUCUUUGAUUCUCUGUAUGUCAAGGUCAGCUGAUAACCAAGUUCUUCAUUUCCACGAGUCCAUGUCAAAGAAGAAAGAGGAAUUCCUCACUGAGCCAACCCCAUGAACAUGUUAAUGUAGCACCCACUCUUCACAUGCUCAGUUUCUUCAGUUCUUCACUUCAUUGCCAGACUUCUGCCGUCUUCGGUAACAGACAGUAUUAAAACAGUUUGAGUCUGGUGUUGAACCGUUACUUUGUAAAGGUUUUUUUUUCUUUGUCAACAGAAUACAAAAUAAAUACUUCAUUGCCAUAUUCUGGAAAACUGA